GCAUUUCCCCUUAGCCACCAUUCCUUUGGCUUCCCUCGUUUUAUCAACUUGUCAGGAAAUUUAUUUCGAAAAAAAUUUGUAAAAAUUCCAUGUGGAAAGAAAAAAAUAAAAGGCGUCCAAAUCAGUAGUAGCAGAAAGACCGAUUCGCGAUGCAGGCCCACCACGCGAUGCCCGACUUUCGGUGCCGGAACAACUGCCAGCACAAGGAGUGCCAGCGGCAUGCUCCCCUCGGCAUAAUCGACCAGCACACGCAGUGCAAGUGCCUGGGCGAGGUGAAUGCCUCUUCGAUCUUCCUGGAGAACGUCCUGGAUCUGGCCAACACACUGGCCCAGGUGAUGAUCAUCUGCGGCCUGCACGAGUGCAAGGCCAAGUCGACGGUGGACAUCAUCUCCUACGCCUUCCUGCACUACGACCAGGUGUGCUACUGCAUAGACACCACGCCCAAGAAGCGGCUGCGGAAGGAGGACCUCUUCCACGAGCUGGGCAAGAAGUCGCUGAUGAAUAAGGUGGAGGCGCACUUGGCCUAUGCCAUUAUAAAGCGGGGCUUCAAGGCCUUUUACUACGAGCCCAAGCAGGACCUCACCUACGACGAUCAGGGCAGGCCCUCCUACAACGAUGAGUGCGUCUGGGUCCAUGCGGCCCGCAAGUCGGCGGAGAGCUGUGCCCGCUUCGACGGCCUCUCCUGCGCAGAGCAGCUGGCCUACGAGGCCAAAAUAAAGAUCGCCUACAAGAAGUUCUACGACCGAAUGCAGACCCGCAAGCGACAGCCCGAGGGCGACGACUGCAACUGCUGCUUCUGUGCCAAGAAGCGGGGCCACCUCGUGUACGCCAAGGAGCCGGUGCCGUGCACCUCUCCCAAGAAGACCCGACACGUCUGCCCCUACUGCUGCAAGAAGAAGCAGAAGCAACAGUACACGCAUCCGGCCCGCCAGCCUGCCAAGUGCCCCAAGUGCCACAAGUCUAGGAAGUUCUGCUGCUGCGCCAAGAUGGACUUUAACCUGCAGUGGGUCAAGAGCAUCUGGGAGCGACCCGACUUCAACCAGUACUACAAGAACGAGAUCGCCGAGAUCGAAGACCGUCUGGUCAAGGGCACUUGCUGGGUGCCGCCGGAACCAGAGGAGAAGUUCGGCGACGCCGAGGGCGAGGAGGAGGAGCACGUUCCGGAAAUGCCGCCGGAGACUCUUUUAGCCCUCGGUGGCAAGGAGUUGCCCACCGCACCGGAGCCUGAAACGGCCGUCGACACAGCGAAGGGUUCGCCAUCAAAGCAGGGAUCCAUUAUUGAGGAAGCUGUAGAGGCCUAAGCGCGGCUCGUAAGUGAUUCCGCUAUCGGUUGUUCGCAAUCUGGUCGAAUUUACGGUGCUGCAGCCCAAAUUAAUCAUUUUAUAUUGCUCGAUAAGGUAUGCAAAAUAUGAAUAUCUGCGAAAAUGUUUGUAGUUUUCUGUAA